UCUUCUCUGUUCUUUGUGAGGCUAAUUUAUGCUUUAGACAUGCACUGUCUGACCUGGUUCGCAGUUCACUGCCAUGUAAUAGUCCUUGUAACCCAAAAGUGGCAAAGUUUCCAAGCAACCGAUGGAGUGAAGGCUCGACCAAGGAUUUAUAAACACUCGAUUCACUGUGAUUUAUUUGGUCGAGGAAUGUAGACCACCUUAAAAACGAGUGGAGGGAGUUCUGCAGCUCCUCAAACUCUACGUUCCCUGGUCAGGAGAGGAGAAGAGAGACGGCCGACGCAGCGAACCUGCUUGGUUUUCCACAGCCCCCUGGACAAACAGCAGCUACCAGAGAUGCUCACCACUGGUUCUGUGGUAGUUCACAGCCUGUGUGAAGUCACCCCCGCCGUGCUUCUCGUGCUGCUGCUGCUGCUGCUUCUGCUCAUCACCGCCCGGAGCCAAACACGGAGCUCACACAUACCAGGUCCUUCUUUUGUUGCAGGAAUUGGUCCGAUCCUGUCCUACGGCAGAUUCAUAUGGACCGGGAUUGGAACAGCCUGCAACUACUACAACAACAGAUAUGGCAGCACCGUCCGCAUCUGGAUCAACGGGGAGGAGACCAUCAUCUUCAGCAGGUCCUCGGCAGUGUACCACGUCUUGAGGAGCCCUAACUACACAUCCAGAUUUGGCAGCAAAAGAGGCCUCGAGUGCAUUGGGAUGGAGGGGAGGGGUAUCAUUUUCAACAGCAACAUCGCGCACUGGAAGAAAAUGAGGACAUACUUCUCAAAAGCUCUGUCAGGCCCCAGCCUCCGGAGGACGGUGGGAAUAUGUGUGAGCUCCACAGCCAAACACCUGGACCGUCUCCAGGACAUGACCGACCCCUCUGGACAUGUGGACGCCCUCAACCUCCUGAGAGCCAUCGUGGUGGACAUCUCCAACCGGCUCUUCCUCAGGGUGCCUCUCAAUGAGAAGGAGCUGCUCAUGAAAAUCCACAACUACUUUGAAACCUGGCAAACGGUUCUAAUCCAGCCGGAUAUCUUCUUCAAGAUCGGAUGGCUGUACAACAAACACAAGAAAGCAGCCCAAGAGCUGCAGGACGCGAUGGAGGGUCUUCUCGAAAUCAAACGAAGCAUCAUCAACAGAAGUGAGAAACUGGACGACGACCUUGACUUCGCCACGGAGCUCAUCUUUGCACAGAACCACGGGGAGCUGUCCGCCGACGACGUCAGGCAGUGUGUGCUGGAGAUGGUGAUCGCGGCUCCCGACACGCUCUCCAUCAGCCUCUUCUUCAUGCUGAUGCUGCUGAAACAGAACCCAAAGGUGGAGCUGCAGCUGGUGGAAGAGAUGAGCGCCGUUCUGGACCAAACAGCUGUGGAGAACAUAGAUUAUGAAAGACUAAAGGUGAUGGAGAAGUUCAUCAAUGAGUCCAUGAGGUUUCACCCUGUGGUUGACUUCACUAUGCGGCGAGCGCUUGAUGACGACGACGUCGAAGGUACGAAGAUCAAGAAAGGCACCAACAUCAUCCUCAACAUUGGACUCAUGCACAAGACCGAGUUCUUCCCCAAACCCAGAGAGUUCAGCCUGACAAACUUUGACAGCCCGGUGCCCAGUCGCUUCUUCCAGCCCUUUGGCUGCGGGCCUCGCUCCUGCGUCGGAAAACACAUCGCCAUGGUGAUGAUGAAGGCCAUCUUGAUCAGCCUGCUCUGCCGUUACACGGUGUGUCCGCGCCAAGGCUGCACGGUCAGCAGCAUCAGGCAGACCAACAACCUGUCACAGCAGCCUGUGGAGGACGAGCACAGUCUGAGGAUGAGAUUCAUCCCUCGCGCCACGCAGCCGAAGCACGAUCGGCUCUGAACGAUGACGAGGAUCUGAGACCCAGAUAGCAACACUAGACUAAUGCUGCAGCGUGCGAAGUGCUAAGGAGUUAGAAAAGUAUUCACCGCCUCAUUUUCCUCUCUUUUUGUCGCGCUUAAACGUUUCGCUAUCAGACAAAGAUAACCUGAGUUAAUACCAAAAGUCUCUAAGGAGGAUUUUAUGUAUUACGCUACAAAAAGAUAACUAAAAACAAGUAAAAUUUUCUUGAAAUGUAUGUAUUUGUCCUUGAUUUG